AUGUGUGAUUAAACACCAAUUGAAUAUCGUUCUGAAUUUGAAUCCUCUCCUAUGAAUUUUGGUUAGCCAAACAUGAUUCUAUUUUAGCCAUAUAGUCCUCUUUAAUUAAGGAUAAAUUGCAGUCCUAAUAAUUUACUAAUACAAGAUUAUUACUCUGCACAACCAAAUUAAGUUUAAGAAGAUCUUUUCCCUUUCGAUUAAUAGCCUCUCUAAAAAAUGUUUGAGCUUUAAAUAUCGAAUGAUGAAUCACCUUAAAUCAAAUAAAUAGUGAUUAAAUAGUCUAAUACAAAAUAAUCAGGAUUUUAAAUUGUUCAUGUUAAUACUUAAUAAAUGACACCUUAAAAAUAUAAUAAUCAACAUAUGAAUAGGCAUCAUGCACUUUAAAAAAAUAUAUCUUAUUCGGAAAAGAUUGAAAAAAAAAAUUAUAAUUAUUAUCAAUAUCAGGAGCAAACCCCUUUAAGAAGCCAGAAAGGUAUUUAGAUUAAUAUAUUUAAGGAUUGCGUAAUUUGAGUGUUAAAGUUAGAGAUAUAGUUAUGGAACUCAAAUCAACAACUUACAAAGAUGUUGCAUAAAGAUUGAUUUAAGAUUUAGGUUAGGAUGGUUAAUUGUUAGAUUUAGAUAAUGUAUAAAUUUAAAUAGAGUUAGAGCCUAAAGAUGAGUAGAAUAUAAAAAGAAGAGUUUAUGAUGCAUUAAAUGUUAUGAUUGCUUCCAAAGUUUUAAAGAAAGAAGGUAAAAAAGUUAUAUCGGACAUGUAAGGUAAAACCAGAACAAGAAGAAAUGAGACUGAUAAUUAAAAGGAAGAAUUGGUAACUAAUUGAAAUAAUUAAGUAAACCUUAAAGAGUAUCAUUAAAGAAAAGAAAAAAAGGUUAAAGGAAUUAUUCACCAAAACGUUGGCCCUAGAAAAUUUAAUUAAAAGAAAUUCUACCAAUGAGUUGAAAAAUAAAUUUAUGUUCCCAAUUUUAACAUUUUAAGGACAUUAAUAACAGAUUAAACUUAGAAUGGAUUCUAAAGUUUUAAAAAUAAUGAGCCAAUAAAGAUUGGCAUUAAAUGCUGAUUUGGAUAUUUUGGUUUAAAUGAAGAUGUAAUAGAUUUAUAAAAAUGAUGAUCUUUUGUAUAUAUUCAUGGUAAUUAGUAUUCCUAAAGAAUUACUUGAUAUUGUAUAAGUAAAUGAGUUCUGUUCUUGA